AUGUCUGCAGCAACCACGGAUCCCUCAAAACAAGGCGUUGUCCGCACAAUCCUCAACCGCCUCCCCAUCCCCGCCCUCCCGGGGUGGGAAUCUCGUACCGUCUUGCUAGACUACCCCCCCUCCACCACCGCGCCCCCACACACCCACCCGGUCUCCGGGGUAAACUACAUCAUCCACGGCCACGUCAUCUCCCAGUGGGAGAACGGUGAAGAAGAAGUCUACGGCCCCGGGGAGGUGUUUCUCGAUCAUGCGGAGAAAGUGCAUACGGUGGUGAGGAAUCCGAGUGAGACGGAGAGGUUGCUGGUGGUGGUGAAUUAUGUUAUUCCGGUGGGGGUGGCGAAUGUUAAUUUUCCGGAGUGA